AUGGGAUUGAGCGGGGUCAGCUUGAGCAUCCAAAAACGUUUGGCAUCUUCCGUCCUUAAGUGCGGUCAGCGCAAGAUCUGGCUUGACCCCAAUGAGGUCAACGAGAUCUCCAACGCCAACUCCCGCGCUAACAUCCGCAAGCUCGUCAAGGAUGGUCUCAUCAUCCGCAAGCCCGAGGUUAGCCACUCCCGUUUCCGUGUCCGUGUCCACGCCGCUGCCAAGCGUCUCGGUCGCCACAUGGGUUACGGUAAGCGUAAGGGUACCGCCGAUGCCCGUAUGUCCUCCCAGGUCAUCUGGAUGCGUCGCAUGCGUGUUCUCCGUCGUUUGUUGGCCAAGUACCGCGAGGCUGGCAAGAUCGAUAAGCACCUUUACCACUCUCUUUACCUCAAGUCCAAGGGUAACGGCUUCAAGAACAAGCGUGUCUUGAUGGAGUACAUCCACAAGGCCAAGGCUGAGAAGCUUAGAGCCAAGACCCUCAACGAGCAGUCCGAGGCUCUCCGUGCCAAGAACAAGGCUCUCCGUGAGCGUCGCAAGCUUAAGGCUGAGGAGAAGAAGGCUUCCAUUGGUGCUGAGCAGUAAAGAGGUUGCUGGAUCAAAAGUUUUAAUAAAUAAAAACACGCAUACACAGCUUUACAUUUAAUAUGAU